AAACCGAAGGCUGUCAGAACAUAAGAAGGACCAAGUGCAUAUCUUUUCAGAACAGAUACGCUUGUUAACAACAGCUGGACUUAAAGGUCACCUGACAUUGAGACUGCUUUGACUGUUCCUGUGGGAAAAAAGAUGGCACGUUUCCUGCUCUCUCUUGCUCUCCUGCUCUUCAGCGCUGGUGCCUGCUGGUGUUAUGGAAUGGAAAGUUGUGCUAGUAAUUAUAAGGACAGUAAUUCAAUUUGGUGUGUCAAGAAAAACAUACAAAACCUAUCCCGUAUCAUGGACAUGGUCCCACAAAAUGCCACCAGAAUCAACCUUUCCCAAAAUAAAAUAAGCACCAUUCCCGUUGACAUAUUUAGAAAGUUCUGGAGGCUGCAAGACCUAUCCCUGCAAAGGAACAAUAUCUCUUUCCUGAAAAGAGCUCAAUUUGGAGGCCUCGUACAACUGAAGCGUUUGAACCUUUCAAGUAAUAUUCUAUCAGAGAUCCAACCAGAUACAUUCCAAGGGCUCACACAACUUAGGGAUCUCCUCUUGUACAACAAUCACAUCACAAAGAUUCCCACUGGAUUGUUUCACUACCUCCCUCAGGUCACAACUUUGGAUCUUUCACUAAACAAACUGAAAUAUUUGAACAGCAGUCAAUGCAAGAGCAGCACGCUAGAAAACCUAGACCUUUCGUACAACAAUAUCUCUUGGUUGUCACUUUCAGGAUUUUCUGGCCUCAUUUUUCUCUGCCUCUCCUUCAACCCUAUUCUGCAUCCAGUGCCACAUCCACUUGCUCUAGCCCCUUCAAUUACAAGGCUGAUGCUCCAGGGGAUUGCCCCUGAGGUCCUGGCUGGACUGUCAGAUAAAUUCAAACAUGGUCUACAGGAAACUUCUUUUUCCAUCUCUACCCAGAGGUCAGGCAUUUCUGUGUGCGGUUUGCUAAAAGGAAUGGAUAAUCUCAAGCGUGUGAACAUUGACCUGAGUAGAUUUACGUUUCCAAAAAAUACUUCAGUCCUGAUAGGGUGCAAAACGCCAAAAUUUCUUAUACUCAAGAAUGCAUCCCUUGGAGACUUUGAGAAAUUCAGAUUAGUGCAGGGCGGGGAACAUACAUCUCGGCUCUCACUAGUGCAGUGCGGACUUCGGAGCAUUUCAGAGAAAACGUUUCAAGGCUUUCAGCGACUUUCAAAUUUAAAUGUGGAAGACAAUGAUGAACUGAAUAUCCAUCCAAAAACUUUUUCUGUUUUCAGGCAACUGAGGAAACUCAGCCUCGACAAUGUCGGGGUCAGUGAACCAAACACAGACUGGUUCCAAAACCUUUUGUAUCUGGAAACACUAUCCAUGAUGAAUAAUGACAUGACCAAGCUUGCCCCUAAUGCUUUCAGUGCACUACGCAAGCUACGGAGCCUUUCUCUGCGCCACAACUUGCUCCAGGUCAUUGCCGGUCAGCCUUUCUGCAACCUCACCAUGCUCACAACAUUGGAUCUCAGCGUUAACAUAAUCUACAGCAUUGAGAAUGGGUCUUUCACGGACCUAGUGAGGCUUAAAAACUUGAGUCUCAAUGGAAACCGUAUCAAAACUGUGAAUCCUGACAUCUUACGUGGUUUGGCGAAUCUCGUAGGUUUAAAUUUGUACGACAAUCAGCUCCACUUCCGUGAGGGUGAUUCCCCUUUUAUUACACUAAAAUCUCUACAUGAUUUAAAUUUGGGUUACCAGGGUCCUAUUACAAUAGGAAUGGGGUACUUAGGGUCCACUUUGUUUAAAGGAUUAGAAAAUCUACAAACACUAAUCCUUACAUCUGCAACCUUAAUUACCUUCCAUCCAAACACAUUUGCCCCUCUUGUUAAUUUAUAUAGUUUAUAUAUUAGUGAUAUUACAAUGACUCACAAUAACUUAACGGCUCUCUUCCAUCCUCUUGUGUCACUUACAGAUUUGGUUUUAGGAAAGACUGGCCUUGAUGGUCUUCCUGUCAGGCUGCUUCCACAAAACAACACUUUGAAAUAUUUUAGACUUAUGUACAACCAUAUCCAUGUAUUGGAAAAGUCUGUGCUUGACAACCUACCCUUCCUCAAGUAUCUUGAUGUCACAGUUAACCCUUUGUCCUGCAGUUGCCAGAAUGCCUGGUUCAAAAACUGGUCAGUGAAAAAUUUGGAAGUCCAGGUGCCAUACCUCUAUGACUUCCACUGUGAAAAUGAUCCCACCCUGCCUCACUUUUGGGAGUUUAAUGACAAAGAAUGCAGCUACGACUCAGUCAAUUUCAACUUCUUCCUGUCUACUGCCCUGCUGAACCUAUUCAUCCUUUUUUCAGGCCUCACCUGGCACAAACACCGGUCAGCACUUCGCUAUCUAAUCCUCCUUCUCCAUUCACGUAUUAGGGGGAGAAGGAAGGGCAACAAGACUUUCACCUAUGACGCGUUCAUCUCCUACAGCUCUUUGGAUGAACCCUGGGUGAUGGGGGAAUUGGUACCCCACAUGGAGGGACCCACGGGGAAAGGAUUCCGACUGUGCCUUCACCACCGUGACUUCCGCCUGGGAGCAGCCAUCUUGGAGAACAUUGAGGCAGCCAUCUACAGCUCACGCCGCACACUGUGCGUGGUGAGCAGGGACUUCCUGCGCAGUGAAUGGUGUGCUUUGGAGUUCCAGCUGGCCAGCCUACGGCUCCUGUGUGAUCGGAGCGACGUGCUGCUGCUGGUAUUUCUGGAGAAGAUCCCUGACCACUGUCUGUCCUCAUACACCCGGCUGCGCAGGAUGGUGCACAAGAACACCUAUCUGCUGUGGCCUGAGGAUGCUGCAGAACAGGAGGCAUUUUGGAUACGACUUCAGGAUGCUCUAAGAGAAGAUGUAGAAGAGGAGGGAGAAAGAUUUGGCAGCCUCCUUGUUGAGGGCAGGAAGAAAACGAGUUUUAAUGGCAAUGACUGAACCUAUUUCUGUCUAAGCAGAAAUAAGAAGGAUGAUACUAUUGAUAUAAUGUGUUUGCAUGUGUAUACAUAAUUAAUGAAAUAAUUUUUGUUGUAGCCCUAUAAUAAUACAUAUAAAUAUAGAUUUUGCAGUAGACGCGGACCCUGUGUAAUCCCUUUUUUCUCACAUCAAAAUGUCAAAAUGUCCAUUGAGCCACAAGAUGUAUGGUGACAUUUCUUAAAAUGUAUAAAAAGGAACAUUAAUAUUAAAAAUUACUUUUGAUACAGUGCCAUUUCUAUAAAUGACAGCUGGAAGUCUGAUACCGUA